AUGGUUCUCUUGUCUAUGUACUGUCUACUCAUCUACCCCACGCUCAUCUCAUCUCAUCCUCAUCUCAUCCUCAUCUCAUCUCCAUCUCAUCUCCAUCUCAUCUCCAUCCCUACACCCACUAGGUAUUUACAUUCUUCAACACACAACACAAACAUGGACGAGAUCAUAGGCCGUGCCCGUGCACUCCUCCAGAGCUCGCAGGAAGUCAAGGCAAUUGAGUUGCUUACUCCUGAGAUCAAGAAAAACCCACAAAACGUACCUCUUCUCCAGGUUUUUGGAGAAGCUUUACUCGAAGCCAACGACGUCGAAUCGGCAUAUGAUGUAUUGCAGAAGGCCACUGAGUUGGAUCCUGAGGCCAACUUUGGUGUGGAGAAAUUUUUGUAUUUGGGCCAGAUCAUCGGAGGUGCUGAUGGCUGUACUUUGAUCAACAUUGCAAUUAACAAGUUGAACGAUCAAUUGCAGCAGUUAAAUGCAGACAAUGACACCGAUGCAGCACUUCGUGAGUUGGCAAAGGUUCACACGUCUAAGGAGUCCUUGCAGGCUUACCUAAUAUCGAAGAUCAACCAGGGUAUCUUCGCCGAGAUCGAGAUCUGGAUGACCGACUUGUGCAUGGAGCCUGAAGCAGAGGAGCAGUGCGACCAGCUCAUUACCCACUCCUUGAACAUGGACCCGGAGAACCCCGAGGCGCUCUCGCUUUUGGCGCUGAUCCGGAUCUCGCAGCAGAAACAGGACGACGCUGUGGAGGCGUUACAGAAGUCGUGGCAGCUAUUUUCGCAGAAGAAGCUGUUCUUGGAGCAACAGCAGACGAAAGAAGGUGACGAGGCCACCUUUGAAUAUAUCGAAUUGGUCCAGCCGUUGCUUGGACUUGCCCGCUUUGCCAUCGAAUUGGCCAUGUACGAUUUAGCACCUCAAAUUGCAGUAGCCGUGAGCGAGAUCAAUGACAACUGCUUAGACUGUUUCUACAUCGAGGGCUUGGCUUACAUUCUUAAGGCAAAGAAGCUCUACGCAGAGAAGAACCCUAUCGAAGGCGACUAUAGAGAAAUGGACCUCCUGCUUCUACUCAAAUCUGACGUUGAGGAAAUUCAAACAUGCAUUGCUGAUGCAAAGUCGGCUCUCACUCAAGGGUACAGAGUUAUUAACAGUGCUGGAGCUGAAGCGCUGGACCCGGAUUUGAUCGACCAAGUGAAUGAAAUGUUGACAGUCCUUGGCGGACCAGUCAUUUCAGAAUUGAUGCCCGAACGUGGCGGAGGUGAGGAUGACGUCGACUGGGAAAAUGAGAUUGUCAGUGACAAUGAGUAA